GUAACUGGCACUUUAGAUUCGACGUGGGAAUAUUCACGACAUGAGCACCAAGAAAGGCCGGGGCGGCAACAAGAAGCGCGGCGGACAACGGGCCGACGCGUACGACUCAGAAGAAGGAAGCUGCAACGAAUCGGUUGCAUCCAACGAUACAUCGGACAGUACGAGAAGCAAAACUAGCCGCGUGUCGGAAGACACGACCCAAGAAGAUCUCUUGGAGCGGUACCUCGAAGAACUGACCGAGAAAAGAGCGACGACACGUUUGGCGGCAUUGCAAGGGUUGCUGAACUUGUUGGUGCACUUCGUUCCCCCCGAACUCUUCCACGACAAGUACUGUUGGCCGCCAUCCACCGUCCUUCUUCGUCAUGCUCGCACUGUGUGUGUUUAGGUUUGAUGGAAUUUACAACAACGUGUUGCAGAUUGCCCGUCGCCCAUCAGAGGACGAAGGGCGCAUUAUCCCGCGCAUUUUUGGCAUUUUGGGGCUCAUGUUGGGGCCCCACUCUGACGAGUACUUCGCAAAAGUGGAAUCAGUCUUGGAACCACUCGUCAAAUCCAAUGUCCAAAGCGAUAUCGUACGCGCACAGGCGCUGGAAGGAUUGGGCGUCGUCUGCUUUACCUGCAGUACCGGGGAUGAAGAAAACGCGCAAAACAUCAUGGGGCUGUGUGAUCCCUUUUUCAACAACUCGGCGACACCGGUGUUGGCGAAGUUGGCGCUUGAAACGUGGGGCUGCCUCGCGUCGACGUUGGACUCUACGUAUUUGAUCGAGGAGGGCUUCCUGGACACGCAUUUGACCUUGUUUUUGGAAUUGACCAACAACGCGGACGUGGACGUGCGAUCGGCGGCGGGGGAAAAUCUCGCGCUGCUCUUCGAAGCGAUGCACCAGAAUCACAUUGACAACUACGAGGGCGCGGGCGACAUUGCGUCCAAAUUGCUCGAGCUGAGCAAAGAAAGCAGCAAAAAAUUCUCGAAAAAAGACCGUAAGGAGCAGCAUUCCGUGUUUCGCGACGUGUACAACACGGUUGCGAACCAAGAACCACCGAAUGUGUCGUUUGGCCUCGAAAACGAAACGCUGCGCUUCCACGACUGGGGCUCGAUCAUGCAGUACAACGCGAUCAAAGAGUGUCUGCAGUCAGGCAUGUUGGAGCAUCUCAAGUUUAACAACCACGUGCGCCAGUUGUUUGAUCUGCCCCAUACCGCUGAAGUGUACUCGCGCGUGGAAAAGCGGGCGACCAAGUCGAAGACAAGCGGGAGUCGAAAGCAGCAGAGCGCCUUUCUCAAGGACGAACGAAAGCGCCGCCAAGGCGAGAAGAAUACGUUUUUGGAAGGCGGCGGCCACGACGGCGACUAUUAAUAAGUUACGACUGUUCAUGACGAUGGUCGGAGACGUGCGACGGUGACAUGGUCUGGGGUUUCAAUGGUGUAACACAGGUUCACAUCAUGGAGGAGUGCGGCGGGGAAGUUGGACGGAGUUGUCG